AUGAACAGUAUUUCUUUGGAAACUCCAUUAGUGAAGUUUACAUUUUCUAAUGGGUCAUUAUGCUGUGAUGACUCUCAAUUAAGAGAUAUUCUCAAGGAACUUAUUCUAAGAUAUAGUAAUAACAAAAAUAAUGAAAGCAUUAAAGCCUAUGAAGAUGAUAUUAUUGGAACGCCACCAUUAAGUCAUUCUGUGUAUUAUUACCCAACAAUGGAAGAAAUAAUAGAACAUGAAACCAAAAAGAAAUACUGUGACAAAAUCAGACACAAAAGACUAGAUGAAAAAAUUGAAGAGGCUCAGUACUCUCUAUUCUAUACCAGAUAUUCCUCAAUUGAAGAAUUGCUGUCAAGUGUCUACCUUUAA